UUUAAUCGGAUGGGUACAAUUUCCAAAAAAUGCCACGUUUUUCCAACAAGACUGUUAUUAUCACCGGAUCUUCCAACGGAAUCGGACGUACCACUGCUAUUCUCUUCGCUCAGGAAGGUGCAAACGUAACGAUCACCGGAAGAAGUUCAGAGCGUCUUGAAGAAACUAGGCAGAUUAUUCUGAAGUCCGGAGUUUCCGAGAAGCAAGUUAACUCGGUUGUUGCCGAUGUUACUACGGAAGAUGGGCAAGAUCAGAUCAUCAACUCGACUCUGAAACAGUUUGGGAAAAUUGAUGUUUUGGUGAACAAUGCUGGUGCUGCAAUUCCCGACGCAUUCGGAACAACUGGCACAGAUCAGGGCAUUGAUAUCUACCACAAAACACUAAAAUUAAACCUUCAAGCCGUCAUCGAAAUGACUAAGAAAGUGAAGCCACAUUUGGUAGCCUCAAAAGGAGAAAUCGUUAAUGUUUCAAGUAUUGUUGCAGGCCCACAAGCGCAGCCCGACUUCUUGUAUUACGCAAUUGCGAAGGCAGCCCUUGACCAGUAUACCAGAAGUACUGCGAUCGACCUCGCUAAAUUUGGGAUUCGUGUGAACUCAGUUAGCCCUGGAAUGGUAGAAACCGGAUUUACCAAUGCUAUGGGAAUGCCUGAUCAAGCUUCUCAAAAGUUCUACAAUUUCAUGGCAUCUCACAAGGAAUGCAUCCCAAUUGGAGCCGCUGGAAAGCCUGAGCACAUUGCGAAUAUUAUCCUAUUCCUGGCGGAUCGUAACUUGUCAUUUUAUAUUCUUGGUCAAUCAAUUGUUGCCGACGGAGGAACUUCUCUUGUGAUGGGGACACAGGCUCAUGAUGUUAUGUCUAUUAUGAGCUCGCAUUAAUUGCUAUGAAAAUUUUAAUUUUAAUUUUAGAAAAAAGUUAUUUUUUCCAAUAAAACUAUAUUUGAAUUUU